AUGAGAAAUUUAGUUGUUCUCAACAGGGGUUAUAUCACUCCAGAAUCAAGAACAUAUCCAGACCUUCAUAUUAUCGAUUCUGUAUAUGAUCCAGUAUCAGAUGCAAUCACAUUCAUACUAUCAUCAGAAGAAAGUCAAAUUAUUGAAGCACAACAAUUUCAUAAAAAUGGAAGUGUUUCAAUUUUGGCUAGCUUUCCAAUCAAUUCUAAAUUAUUGAAUACUGCUCAUUUUGUUGAUUCAUCACAAUUAGUAUUUGUUUUCAGUAAUGGUGAUAUAAUCACAUCAACUUAUAAUCAACAACAAAAUAUAGAUUAUGAUAGUACUAUUAUAGAGAUUGUGGGUACCAUUGAUGUUGGAAUACAGGCUGCACAAUGGUCUCAUGAUGAAGAGACAUUAGUGUUGAUAACAAAUGAGAAUAAAGUAUUAUUAUUAUCAAGAAUGUUUGAACCAAUAAGUGAGAAAAUUUUAGAUUCCAAUGAUAUCAAGAUUACUGAUUCAAAACAUGUCUCUGUCGGAUGGGGAAAAAAGGAAACGCAAUUUAAAGGAAAAGGUUUUAAACAAUUGGAGAGAGAGAAAGAAGCUUUACGAAAUGCAGGAUUGGAUGAAGAUGCAACCCAAUUACGUGAUCCAACUGUCAAUGAAGUAGAAAAAGGAACCACAUCAAGUCUAGAUGAUGGAACUGUAAGAAUAAGUUGGCGUGGAGACUCAGAAUAUUUUACUGUAAAUACUGUGGAACCAGUUAUUGUAGAAGAUACUGGAGAGAUGUUUGAUAGAAGAGUUAUACGUGUAUUCAAUAGAGAAGGUGAGUUGGAUAGUGUAAAUGAGGCGGUGGAUGGAUUAGAACAAAACCUUAGUUGGAAACCUCAGGGAGCACUAAUAGCGUCGACUCAAAGACACGUGGAUGAUGAAGAUGGUGAAGAGGUUUUGGACGUUGUAUUUUAUGAAAGAAAUGGUUUAAGACAUGGACAAUUUAACACAAGAUUAAAUCCAGAAGAUGAAGUAGUACAGAACAUAACAUGGAGCUCUGAUAGUGAAAUACUAUUAUUACAGAUGAAAAAUAGAGUACAAUUAUGGACGUCAAAAAAUUAUCAUUGGUAUUUGAAACAAGAAAUUUUUGCUAAUGAUAUUAUUUUUACAAAAUUUCAUCCAGAAAAACCUAACAAUUUCAUGAUUGGAACUAUAAAUAAUUUACAAAUUGUUGACAUAACUUAUAAAGUCGUAACUGGACCAACGCUGCUUGGCGAUGAUAUAGGGAUGACAGUUGUAACAGACGGAGCAACAGCCAAAAUAACGCCACUUUCAAUAGCUAAUGUUCCACCACCAAUGAGUUUAAGAGAAUUAGAUGUUUUCGAAAAUAUUAACGACAUUGCCGUCAGUAAAAAUAAUUCUAAAUAUGCUACAAUUUGUAGUAAUAAUGAUAUUAUUUUCAGUGAAUUGACUUUGCAAGAAAUGAAAGAAGGCAAACACCCAAAGAUUUCAAGCCAUAUAAAAUCCAAUGUAUAUAUGAACGAAAGAGAUGAAGUUGCAAAACAAAUUGCUUUUCUCAAAGAUACUUUUGUUGCAGUUGUGGUGGAUGCUCCGAUGUAUUCACGUGUUGUCCUAUUUGAAGUUGAUGAUAUAAAGUCACCUAAGCUUAAUGAAUCAAUUGAUAUUGCCCCAAAAAUAGUGAUCAUAAAGUCAAGGGCAGAUUUCGAGACGAUUGUGAUAGAGACAGUUGAUAACAAAAUCUUACAACUAGAUACCACACAAGAUAUCAAAGAAAUUGUAAAAUUUCCGCAAUUAUGCCGUGAAUUUGAAGUAAAUUAUAAUCACGAAUCAGGUGAGUUUGAAGCCUUUGGUAUUGCUAAAAACGGAAAACUAUUUAGAAACGAAAUCCCAAUUGUUAGUGGUGUUACUUCAUUAUUGAUUACAGAAUCUCAUUUAUUGUUCACAACUGUUAUGUCAAAAUUAUGCUUUGUUCAUUUAAAUUCUAUUCAUGAAGACUUUGAAGUCUUUCAAAAUUUAUCAAAUGAGAAUGUUGUUGAUGAGAGAGUAAGACAAGUUGAAAGAGGAUCAUUUUUAAUAAAUGCUAUGCCAACAAAAUACUCGGUAGUAUUGGAAGCACCCAGGGGAAAUCUUGAAACAAUUUGUCCAAGGAUUAUGGUUUUAACAGCCAUUCGUAAAUUUAUUUCAAGUAAGAAGUAUGGAGAAGCUUUCAUUGCUUGUCGUACACACAGAAUUGACUUGGACAUAUUACAUGAUUAUGAUACUACUUUAUUCUUUAACAAUAUCGAACUUUUCAUAAAGCAAGUGUCAAAGGUGGAAUAUUUGGAUUUAUUUGUCUCAUGCUUGCAUGAGGAAGAUGUCACUCAAACAAAAUACAGAGAAACAUUAACUGACGCCGGUAUUAAUGAAUCAGAGGUCAGGGAAAAUGGUGAGACUUUACAACCCGCAUUCCGUAAAAAAUUCAACACCAAAAAGGAACAAGUUUUCCAAAAUUUUGAAGAUUCCAAAGUUAACAGAAUUUGUAAAGCUAUAUUAUCGGUUUUAAGUAAACCGGAAUAUUUUGAGAAAUAUUUACAAACUAUUCUUACUGCUUACGCUUGUGAGAAACCUCCUAAUUUAGUAGGAGCUUUAAAUAUGAUUGGUGGUUUUAAAGAAGAGGAACUGAGGGAAUCAGCCAUUCAACAUUUAUGUUUUCUACAAGAUGUCAAUAAAUUGUAUAAUACAUGUUUAGGGUUGUACGAUGUUAAACUAACCUUAUUAAUUGCUCAACAAUCACAAAUGGAUCCAAAGGAGUAUUUACCAUUUUUACAAAAUCUACAUACACAACCUGAAUUGAUAAGAAAAUUUAUGAUUGAUGACUACUUGAAAAAUUAUGAUUUAGCCUUGAACUGGUUGCAUGAAAGAGGAAAAGAGGCUUACGAUGAUUUCGAUGAUUAUGUCGUAAAACACGGAUUGUACAAACUUGCAUUGAAGAUUUAUACUUAUGAUAAGGAUAGAACCAACGUUAUAUUGAGUUUGUUUGCAAAUCAUUUGCAAGAAGCUGCAAAUUUUUCAGAAGCUGGUUUAGCAUUUGAAUAUUUGGGUGAUUUGACGAAAGCAUUGGAAAAUUAUAUAUUGGCCAAAAAAUGGAGACAAGCAUUGUCGAUAGUCGAAAAAUCCGAAUAUAAAGAUAAACUAACUGAAACUGCUAACGACCUAGUCAAUACUUUGACGGCAGAUCAUAAGUAUAGCGAUGCAGCAGAAAUUGAAUAUCAAUUCUUAGGAAACAUACGAGAAUCUGUUAAAUUAUAUUGUAAACAAUAUUGGUUUGAUCAGGCUAUACUAUUGGCUGAGAAAACUCAAAAUGAAGAGCUAAUAGAAUCCGUUGUUGAUGUUCAAUUGAAUGAAGGAUUUGGUACUAUUGCUGAAUUAUUAGCAGACUGUAAAGGACAAAUGAAUUCACAAGUAAGAAGAUUGAGAGAACUUAGAACGAAAAAAGAGGAAGAUCCAUAUAAUUUUUAUGGUAAUUCUGAUGACUUAGAAACUCCAGAUAAUGUUUCGGUUGCUGCUUCAGAAACAUCUACAGCGCCAUCUUUUUUCACUAGAUAUACAGGUAAAACAGCUGGCACUGCCAAAACAGGAGCAUCACGACGUACAUCUAAAAAUAAAAAAAGGGAAGAACGUAAAAGAGCCAAAGGUAAAAAAGGUACAAUAUAUGAAGAGGAAUAUUUGAUUAGAUCGGUAGGAAGAUUAUUAGAAAGAUUAGAUCAAACUCAAUCAGAUGCAUUAAAAUUGAUUGAAGGAUUACUUAGAAGGUCAAUGAAAGAACAAGCUUAUCAAAUUCAAAAGAAUUGGUGUGAAUUGAUUGGAUAUAUAAAAGAAAACAUUGAUGAAAUUCAUAACAUGAGUGAAAAGGAUAGAGAAAGAAUAGAUGAUAAUGGUGAAAUUUAUUUAAUUGAAGAAAUACAAAAACCUAAAAUUAAUGAAUUUCCUAAAUUUAGUAUCUUGGAUUAUUAA